AUGAAUACAGCAGGUGUCGGUUCGACUACUCCCACUACCGAGUAUGCACUGGAGAAAUACCAGAUGCUACGCUACGAGGCCAACGCACAGGUCAAAAUUGUCAUGACUUCGGGUACAGCAGAGAUAUUUGGAACAGAACUUGUUUGUGGCACAGAUCUAGUUUUGGAAGCGGGUGAAAGGGGAACGGUUGUCACUUUUCAUGGCUGCAAAAUCACCGUCAAAGGCUCAGGUCUAGAUGCUUUUGUGAUGGAUGCUGUUGAGGACCAUGAUCUCCUUCAAGUCUACGUAAACAUUCAUGCGAAUCUUCAAGAAGCGCGUAAGAAGGCCACAGAAGAUCAAUCUCGUGGACCCCGCGUUUUGGUUUGUGGCCCUGAAAAUGUCGGCAAGUCUGUUCUCUGCAGGACCUUGGCCAACUACGCUGCUAGACGUGGCUCCAAACCAAUUCUUGUUGAUGUCAACGUUUGUAUUCCCUCCACCAUUGCGGCUCUGGCAGUCACUAAGCCCUAUGAUCUAUUGGAGGGAUGGGGUCUUGAAGAAGACCCUUUGACACCGGAAAAAAAGCAGGCGGGUUUGGACGCGAUACGGACGACGGCGGCAGCUUUUGAAGUGGACACAGUGUUAGUCAUCGAGGACGGCUUUUUGAGCACAUUUUUGCAGGAGGAUCUGCCCAAGGAUGUUACGAUUAUUCGACUACCGAGGUCUUCCGGUGCCGUCAACUUUACCCCCAAGCAGUCAAUGCGUCAACGCGAUUUGCGAAUCAGUGCCUACUUCCAUGGCGAAAAUCUUAAACGACGUCUGCAUCCCCACCACCUGAGGCUAUCCGCUAGUGAAUACACUGUGUAUAGAGUUGGCAGCGAGGCCAUUCCAGAUGCCCUGCUUCCACACGGAGCACGGGAUGCAGAGGAGGAGACACAGAGCUGGCGAACACCGAUCGCUUUGACCGUGAGUCGCGACGCACUAAAGAAUCGCAUGCUGGCGGUGUCUCAGGCCACUGACCCGGAGCAAAUCGCCUCUUCCCCUGUCUUCGGCUUCGUGGUGGUCCUCUCUGUAGCCGAGGACCGCACCCACUUCAACGUCCUCUCUCCCUCCCCCGAACUCCCUCCCUCCUGCCUCCUUGUCGCCUCCAUCUGUUACGUUGACCCUGAGGGUGCCUAG